CUCUCUGUCUCUCUCUGUCUCUCUCUGUCUCUGUUUGUGCGUUUCUCUCUGCGGCUGGACACGGCUAUACACGCGUUACUACACACGGGAUUAAGUGAUUAACGCUCCGGUACCGGGGGAGUUGGAUGAGUGUUUUGCCCCGCAGGAGUCUCCAGGAGUCCGGGCGGAGAGAAGGGGCUGAUGGCGCAACGGUAUGAAGACCUGGCCCACUACGGGCUGGAGGCCAUGGCCGGGGUCUAUGGAGACCCUCACCACCAUCACCACCACCACCACGCUGCUGCUGCUGCCCGCUCCAUGCAGGCCGCCACCGGGCCAUUCCCUCCGCACCAGUACGCCCAGUCCAGCCACACCACAGCCGGGGACGCCGCCAAGAGGGACAAAGACGCCAUUUAUGGACAUCCGUUAUUCCCUCUGCUCGCACUGAUUUUUGAAAAAUGUGAACUGGCGACUUGCACGCCGAGAGAGAGCGGCGUUGCCGGAGGAGACGUCUGCUCCUCGGACUCCUUUAACGAGGACAUCGCCGUCUUCUCCAAACAGAUCCGGUCGGAGAGGCCUUUCAUUUCAUCCAACCCAGAGCUGGAUAAUUUGAUGGUCCAGUCGAUACAAGUGCUGCGCUUCCACCUCCUGGAGCUGGAGAAGGUUCAUGAGCUGUGUGAUAACUUCUGCCACCGAUACAUCAGCUGUCUGAAAGGGAAGAUGCCGAUCGAUCUGGUUAUAGACGACCGAGACGGAAACAAGUCGGACAGCGAGGACUUCCUCCGCUCAUCAGGGAACAACGUGGAUCAGCUCUCGUGGAGCAGAGACCAUGACGACGCGGCAUCGAUACGCUCGGCCGGGACGCCCGGACCCUCCAGCGGUGGACACACGUCUCACAGCGGCGACAACAGCAGCGAACACGGUGACUGUCUGGAUAACGGCAUGGCUUCUCCCAGCACGGGGGACGACGAUGACCCCGACAGAGACAAACUGCACAACAAAAAGAGAGGCAUCUUCCCCAAAGUGGCCACCAACAUCCUGAGAGCCUGGCUGUUUCAGCACCUCACGCACCCGUACCCGUCGGAGGAGCAGAAGAAGCAGCUGGCUCUGGACACCGGCCUCACCAACCUGCAGGUCAACAACUGGUGA